AUGUCAGCUAAAUGCGAAAUCCAGUCUAAUCCUCGAUUCGAAACAAGUCGUGACACUAGUCAUCGCCAGAAAAAGCCACGUGACGGAAGACCCUCUUCAUCGUCAACGUCAACAAUUCCUAAUUCACAAGGAGCUCUUGGUCAUGCACUCCGGGCAUUUCAAAAGUCUGUUGAACAAGACAAAGCCGUUGUUCCAGUUCAAGCAGAAUGCGAAGAUCAGCCGGCCAAGUACUUCAACGAGUUCGACGCGGUGGUCGAUUGCGACUUCGACGGACCCAUUCUGGCCACCUUUGUUUCGCGGCUCCAUACCGGACCCAUCAGUGGCAGUGGUAAUGAUAAUAGAGCUGAGUGGUAUGAUCUGCGGGCUGCGGCCAGUGUUCUCGAUGCACCUGGUCAUCAAAACUAUAUCAUGAGCGUGGUCCGAAAGCUGGGGUCUUUACAUAAAGACCCACAGUCCACGGCGUGCAAUGUGAAGAAGAUAUACUCGUUAGAAGUGGGCGUGGGCAUCGACCGCGGAGAAGUAGGUAAGAUCAAUCUGUUGAGGGAUUUCGCGUUGGCGUGCGUCGCGAGUAACAAUCCGUUCGAGCGGUUCGCGCCAGGCAGUAAGGAGCGAAGCGAGUGCGUUCGGGUUUUUGGGGAAGUGCACCUGGGCAUGGAGUUGUUGAUGCUGGGCGGCGGCAAGAGAUGGGGCGCAAAGGGUCCAUGGCACGAGGACUUUGGGAGGGAGUGGGAGCGUGAGGACGCGACAGUUGUUAAGGAACCCGAGGAUGGACGAGGUGCUACUACCAGUAACCGGGAUACUACAGAGGAUGAGUAG